AUGGGCGAUGUCCUGCGUCUUCCCGCCAUCUACGUGCUCAAACACUACGGGCCCGGAGCUAUCCAUUUCAACACCUCCUGGACUCAAGAUUACAACCGCGAGAUCUUUGAAAACGCCUUCCAUAUUCUCCAAGAUGAAGUUAUUCUCUCCUCCCGGGUCCCAUCACUCGCACGCGAAUCCUCUAACGUCAGUAUCUGUUUGGAUGGGCCGCAUGGACUGGUUGUACUCCAGAUAAGGAAGCUUCUCGUGUCCAUUUCUCCGCAGGUCAACAAUCUUCGCGGAUUCGACUUGACCAAUCAGGAAACUACUCUAUCUCGACAGUUCCAGAACGUGGGAUAUUACACUUCUCUAGUCCGCAUUCCCGGGCUGCCGUCCAAUCGAAGCGUCUACGAGAACAGCCGUCUGAAGGCGCCAUAUGAUCUACCCCCAUUACCUGCUCCCUAUUGGGCCACAGCCACCAAGAUCACCAAUGUCUACCAGAUGGAGAAGCUUGCUGGAGACUGCCCUAGACGCUGUUUCACUGGGAACUCAAUAUUCGGCAUGUUGAAUCUUUUUGAAUCUGAUGCUUUUUGUACUGGCCAUCUGCCCGGAUCACUGCCUAUAUCCAGUAGGACACAGUUUAUUAAGGAAACUCCCUACUACCUACUUGAUGCCGAAAACUUAAACGUCUUGAGCGUUACGCAGCAAAUAACUACCUACCUAGGUAGCUGUCUAGCUCAGAAUCCAAUUUCCGCUAAAAGUUUGAGCUGCCGUCUCUGA